UAAACGAUGGAGACAAUGAAGGUCGAAACUAUCUCACAGGAAAUCAUAAAGCCAUCUGCUCCAAAUGAUCUACGAACUCUCCAACUCUCUAUGGUUGAUCACCUAAUGCCUCCAGUUUACACCGUCGCUUUUCUUUUCUACACCAAAGAUGAUUCGAUCUCGUCGCAAGAACACACUUCACACAAACUCAAGAAUUCUCUGUCCCAAACCUUGACAAGAUUCCACCCUUUUGCCGGCAGAAUCAGGGGAGUCAACGUGGACUGCAACAACGAAGGUGCCCUCUUUGUCGACGCACGGGUCGAUAACUGUUCUCUCUCUGAUUUUCUCAGAUCUCCAGAUUUCGAAUCCCUACAACACUUUCUUCCUCUAGAUGCCGUGGCAACUCCUACAUGGCCAUUGCUUCUGGUUAAGGCGACCUACUUCCAGUGCGGCGGUAUGGCCAUCGGGAUUAGCAUCUCCCAUAAGCUCGCUGAUGCAGCCUCUCUCUCGACUUUUAUUCGGGCUUGGGCUACCACUGCUCGAGGAGAGAGCGAUUCAGUGGCGAGUCCAGAGUUUGCUGCCACAAAGCUCUACCCACCAGCCAAUGAGGCUUUUAAAGUUCCAGUGGAAGAUCAAGCCGGUAAGCGAAAAAGUGUUACGAAGAGAUUUGUGUUUGUAGCAUCUAAGGUGGAAGAGCUCAAGAGCAAAGCCGCUAGUGUAGAUGCCGUGCCUCGACCCACUCGGGUCCAGAGCGUGACUUCACUUCUAUGGAGAUGUGUUGUGGCUGCAUCGCCAGACACAACUCGCGAGAAAGUGUUGGUCCAACCUGCUAACUUGCGCUCCAAGAUACCUUCCCUUUUGUCCGAAAACCUAAUCGGUAACCUCAUGUUCUCAACCAUGACCUUGAACGGAUCCGGAAAAGACGAGGUGGAGAUUGUGGAAGCUGUUAAGGAGCUAAAAAAAAGGGCAGAUGAGUUAGCCCUUUUGGUCCAAGAUGAAGAAGGAUCAUCAAUGACGAUCGGUUUGAAAUUGGUUGGUCAAAUGAUGGAUAGUUACUCCAAGUUAAGCUACGAGACUCACGAGCCAUACACCGUGAGUAGCUGGUGCAAGCUGCAGCUUUACGACUCUAGUUUUGGAUGGGGGUCGCCGGUUUGGGUUGCCGGGAAUGUAUUUCCGGCGUUAGACAAUGUAUCGGUUUUAAUCGAUGCAAAGGACGGGGAAGGAAUCGAAGCGUGGGUGACACUGCAUGAAGAGGACAUGUCAUUGUUCGAGCAGAACCAAGAACUACAUGCCUUUGCUUCCCCAAUUCUUGAUGUCUUGGUCUAAUUUCUCCACUCACAAUAUGUAAAGCUUCUAAAUGCUUAAUAAAUGGGUUGUGUUA